AGCUGAAAAAAAAAUCGUGUGCGCCAUCUUUUUAUUGGCAAAUUUUGAAAAUUGAACUGUUUUAUAUUUUCCUUGCUCUCUCAUUAUCUAUAAAAAUAUUUUAAAUUUCUAAUUAAUAGAUUUAUAAUUUGUGAAUUUGACGUGUAUUUACAAGGCAUUGUAAUGGGCAAGCCGUCAUCUACAUCAAUCUCUGUUAGUUGAAAAAUUCGAUUCUGUGUACAUUUUUGUUGUUUAUUUACAAAUCUACAAGUAUGUAAUUUUGAUAUUAUUGUAAGCAUGUGGAGCUUUGGGAAAUGAAGAACCUGCUUUAACUGUGUGAAGCUUAUUACUGGAACGCGAUGUUCUGAAUGCUCAUGGUAUUCUAAUAAGCAAAGGAGCAAAGUGGCAAUGAGUGCCUAUAAAAUGGAACAAAUGAGGAAAAAGAAACAAAACCAAGUGCAGAGGAAUAUAAGCAAAGUGUUCAACAAGUUAAAAAGAGACUCCAUAGGCUCAAGAAGUUGUUUGUCAUUGUCCGAUACUUCCGAUGAUAGUCCUCAGAACCUCACUAUUAUAGUAACAAAUGACUCAUUUCAACCUGAACGUAAACGGAAAAGCCCUGUUACUGUUAAUGCACUAUCAAACAUACCGAGCAAAACAAGAAGAAAAAGCGACAGCUUGAUUGUGAUCAACGAUGAUGACCUAGAAACAAAUAAUGAUUCAUGUAUCCUCUUGUCUCCCCGGAGAGACAGCAACCCCCAUGUGAACUGUUCCACACCUAUCGCUAACCGGGACAGCCAGACAUUAAAGAAUCAUAUUAUCAGUAAUUUCUAUCCAGUACCAACACUUAAUGAAAUUCAUCCUCCUGAGGAGCCCAAAGAGGAUGAUAAAACAAAAAUUAUCAAUAAGGAUUCAUUUGUUACCAUAGACCUAACAGCUGAUAGUGAGAAUAGAACUGCUGAUAAUGUUAAUAUAAUAGAUGUAGAUAAAUGUGUGGACAAAAAUGAUAGCCAGGAUUGUACUCUAGUGUCAGUAUCUAAUGCGAGCCUCUCUAUGAGUGGAGAUUCUGAUGUCACAGUAAUAAGGAACAAGAGACAGUCAAACAACACUCAAGCCAAGAAGCUCGCGCGAGGUCUGGCACAGAUGAACACAUCGCAAAAGGAAAAACUACUGAAUCUUAUUGCUCAACAAAUAUUCAGUGGUUGUGAUAUGAAAAAUGGUGCUCAAAGUGGCUUAGCUCUACAAUAUAAGGAAAAUCGUGGAACGGAGACAGAUGAAGAUGCGUACAUUAAAGAGGUGAUUCUAGGAGAAACAAAGUCGAAAGAGGCUAAACUGUCUGUGUCUAGAAACAGUAUCGGUAGCAAUGUGUACCACCCGCGCAAGGAUGCUAAGAACACUACAGGGCUGCGGAUGAUUGUCAUUGAUGGGAGCAAUGUGGCCAUGGAGCACACAAAGGGCAAACAGUUUUCAGUAGAAGGGCUGAAGAUAUGUAUAGAGUACUUCGUGAAGCGAGGGCACUCGGUGAAAGCAUUCGUACCACGAUUUAGGUGUAAAUACGGCAAGAGUACGGACCCCAACUUGCUGAGCUACCUGGAGCGGCAGGGGCUGGUCGUGUUCACUCCGUCCCGGGAGAUCAAGGGCAAGACCUUUGUGCCUUAUGAUGACAGAUACAUACUCCAGUGUGCGGCGGAAUUCGACGGAGUGGUGGUGUCUGGCGACAACUACAGGGAUCUUAUAAACGAGAACAAGCGGUGGCGGUAUAUCAUCGAGAACAGAGUGCUGCCCUUCACGUGGGUCAACAACAUGAUCAUGUUCCCCAAGGAUCCCUUCGGACGGGCGGGUCCCUCCCUCGAGACGUUGCUCCGGCAUCCCACACCCGCCACACCGCAAAAUACUACAGGUUUAUUCUCGUCGAACCUGUUUACGAACAAUAAUGUUUGAAGUUGAACACAGUGCGAACAAUAUGUUUACAACGGCGCGACUAUUUCAGUACGAGAGCCUGCGAAGAUCAAACCUCCGUUAUACUAGACAUACAUAUUGUAAAAUUGUUUGUUUUUUCUAAUACAGUUAUGAAUUACGUAAGGUGAUUAAGUUAGGAUGAUAAAUAUUUAAAAAGGUGAGAACAAACAAGCAACUAGUGAUCGUGCUAGUGCAAUGGCCUUGAGAGAUUGGGAUUCAUUUAUUAAUAAAAAGAUUAAAGUCAGAACUUUGCAGGCUCUUGGUCUAUCGCUGCUUCCAUACCCGUGUCGCCUCCUCUAAACAUAUUGAGCGCUUUGUGAACGUUUUGUACUGUAAAUGUAUAUUUAUUCAUUUGUAAAAAUUGUCGCAGUGUUGGCAUGUUGUAGUUGUGAUGGCAGGGGUCUCUUGCGGCCAGCUCCAGUACCCUAACUAUCUUAGAUUUACUUAGUGAUCGUCAUAUCAGCCACUAGAUGACUGCUGAACAUAGGCGUCCCCUAGUCACUUCCAUAUUGACCAGUUGGAAGUGACUUGUCUGUCAAAAAUUUGACAUAAACUCAAUACGAAACAAGUCAAUAUGCCAUGUCCUAAGCAAAUCCACAGAAAGAUAGGUUUUUGGUGUUGGCCAAUAGACUCUGUUAGCCGAAAUAUUUUAAAAUAUUUUUAUAUCGUCUAGUUAUUACUAUGUUCUCUAUGUGGAUAAAUUUUUGUUACAUUUUACCCUACUCAAAUAUGGAAAUGUCAUGCCUAAGUACACAGAUAAAAUUUUGUAAGAUAAUUAUUAUACUAACGGUACUUAGUUAUUAUGUUUAGGCCAGGUUUUCGUAGGAGUUUGUGCAAUACAUUCCGACUUGAUCAAACCUAUGAUUGUGGACUCGGCUGUGAAUAAGAUCUCGUUUAUAAAAGGUUGGACAAUAUAAACUGAAACCUUGCAGUGCUGGACCGGGCCAUGAAACUGAACUAACUUUUAUUUUAACACUUGAAAGUUCAAGAAAAUUUAUUUUUUAUAAAAGGCAGCUAGCGUCUUUAGACAAAUUCCCUAUAUUGGAAUUCCAAAAAUGUUAGAGCAGUUUCAUGGCUUGAAUUCUUCUGUUACGCCAAAAUAAACUUAAUUCGCAGUUUAAACUCAAAUAGAAAUGUCGAGUAUCUAAACGUUACACAUGUCAAUGCAAUGCCGAAAAUACUGCGAAACCCUAAACAUUUAAACGUAUUUAUAUUUGAUAAUGUAACAUUCUACACAGUGCGUGUGUCGCAAGCAAAUGGUAUAAUUCCGCCGAUUCAAUGUGACAUCUUUAAGAGACCCGCACGGCGGGGCUUUGUCAACUUGUACCCUUAGUACGAGUUUGUAAUACGUUGAAUAAAAACGAAACGACAGCACAUAUGGCGCUCUGAUUGGCCGCGCGAAUGUAACAACCAAUCACAGCGCCGACGCGAUCUCGUUAAACGUAAAACAAACUCAUACUAAGGUGUCUGUUUACGAUUUGGCCCUGAAUUUUUUAAUUAUUUAGUAUGUAGAUAACAAAAUAAAGACUGAACACAGAGAUAGUAACUAUUAUACAAAAUAGUUUUUAACCAAGUAAUAUCAUCUACUUAACCAAUGGUAGGUUCUCUCUGUACUGAAUCAAUCUUUAUUUUUCUACCCGCGUACUAAAUACAUGUGCUUAUAUCCUUUGCCUACGACAUACGCCUUUACCACCAAAGAUUACAGAAUUAUACCUAAUACUUACAGCCAGUUGAGAGAUCAGAGGCUGAGGGGUGAUAGUAGAUGUAUAUCUAGUUUUUAUAUACAUAGUAUAUAUAGAUUUUAUUCAUAGAUUUAUAUAAUUUAAGAAUUCCUUUUGAACUUUCCACUUUCCAAGUUACACAUUUGUCUGAUCAUUCGUAGCUCGAUGUACGAUUUAAUUGUAAUGAUUCUGAUUUUGGUAGGGGUGUCAUUAACAUUUCAAUCAUUUUUAUGUAAUUUUAUACAAGACAAAUAUUUUACCAAAUUGAGAAUAUUUUUUCUUCAAUCAUUAUUUUAACGGGCAACCCUGACGCAUCGGGAGUGUUACAAGUUUGACGUGUCUGUGUACCUGUGUGUAUGUCUGAGGCAUCGUAACACCGAAACAGAUGAACCCAUUUCGAUUAGUUGGAUUACUGUUGAUUAUUUUGAUUAGUGAAAAAAAUUACUUUUGUGAAGAACAUUUUGUCCUUACGCAUGAAGUUUGACAAGAAUGAACACAGCCGAUCACUGUCUCUGUCUCAUUAGUAAAACAAUGAUAGAUUACACCCCUAUCAACACUUUAUAUUAAAGAUAUACAAUUAUACAGCUAAAUAUUCAUAUGUACUAGUAUUUUAGAUUAUUACUGCGUUGUCCACUAUUAGAUAAUAGUCACAUACAAACAUACAUGUAUCAACCGCGUAUUAAGGUUAAUUUAUUUUAGUAAUUUUAAAUUAUAAAAAUAUAGUAGAACUUUUUUACGGGAGCUAUAAAUAUUGUUUUAGUUGCCAUAGAUUACAUACCUACGUUUUAAUAAUUGCGUACGUGAUUGUAAUGCAAAAAAGAAAUUAAAGAUGAAUAUUUCAUUUUGAUAAAUAUCGAAAUUUGUAAAUAAAAGUUGUUUUUUAUUAUUAA